CGCAAUUGUUGAGCUUCUUCUACUUUGAUUACUUUUGUUUCUUCAUCUUCACAAUCGAUCAAUCAAUAUAUAUUUUUUUACAUUAUAUUAAAAUUAAUAUUAAUAUCAAAGAUGGAAUCCAAACUGGAUUGUGAUUCUCAUAAAGAUACAGAACAUGGUCAUGAUCCGGAUGAUUCGUCUUCCGUUGCUAAGAUAGAGAAGGACAAUCCUUCAGGGGCAAUAACGUAUAUUUACAGGCAAGAUGUUGUAAUUAGCAAAACUGAAGGGAAGACUGGGGUAGUGACUGAAGUUGCGGGUGAUUCGGACUCGGAUAGCUCCAGUGAUGAUGAAGAUGAUGAGAAUGAAGAAACUGAAGCAGAUGGUCCCAAUGAGGGUGAUAACAAAGAUUCAAAUGAAAAUAGUGAUAACGAUGAUGACAAUGAUGAUGAUGAGAGCAUACCACUUCCUGCUGAUCAUGUUAGAGUACUUUGGAACGAUGAUACAGAAACAACUCAAAGUCUUAAUGACGUCACAGUUAUUGACCGAGGAUUCUUACAUGGAGAUUAUGUUGCUGCUGCUUCUAAUGCAACAGGGCAAGUGGGUGUCGUGGUUGAUGUCAAUAUGUCUAUUGAUUUAGAAUCUAUUGAUGGAACUUGCAUAAAUAAUGUCAAUUCAAAAGAUUUAAAGCGUGUAAGGGACUUUCAAGUGGGUGAUUAUGUUGUCUUUGGCCCAUGGCUGGGACGAAUAGAUGAUGUACUUGAUAAUGUAACAGUCAUGUUCGAUGAUGGUUCUGUUUGCAAAGUUAUGAAGGCUGAUCCACUGCGGCUCAAAGCAGUCGGCAAGAAGGUUCAAGAAGAUGUACAUUUUCCGUAUUAUCCGGGUCAGAGAGUAAAGGCCAGUUCCUCAUCUGUAUUUAAGAAUUCUAGAUGGUUAUCGGGGCUGUGGAAAGCUUCACGUUUGGAAGGAAUCGUAACAAAUGUUACAGUGGGCUCAGCAUUCGUUUAUUGGAUUGCUUCUGCAGGCUAUGGGCCUGACUCCUCAAUAACCCCGCCUGAGGAGCAGAACCCCAAAAACUUAAGGUUAUUGUCCUGUUUUGCACAUACGAAUUGGCAACUUGGUGAUUGGUGUCUUCUCCCAUCACUUAAACUAAACUCUUCAGUUUGUCAUGGCAAAAGCUCCGUGGAUAAAUCUGAGAGUGAUUCAGAAAUGGUCCUUGAUGAGGAUUCCACCAAGAAUUCUGACCCUUCAAUUGAAACUAGUCAAUGCAGUAGCUCAAUGACUGUUUCAAAAGUGCCAGCUCACGAAAAUUGGCCUUUACACCGGAAAAAGGUUCGUAAGGUUGUGCUUAAGAGGGAUAAAAGGCCACGGAAAAAAGAGGAACAGUUUGAAAGGGCCCUCCAAAUUAUCAAUACAAAAACAAGAGUUGAUGUAGCGUGGCAGGAUGGAACCAUUGAACGUGAAUUAGAUUCAAUUUCUCUGAUACCAAUUGAGAACCCUGGAGAUCAUGAAUUUGUGUCUGAACAAUAUGUGGUGGAAAAACCGAGUGAUGACAAUGAUGAUGACAGUGGUGAGAUCAGCCGUGUGGGGGUUGUGAGGAGUGUUAAUGCAAAAGAACGCACAGCUUGUGUGAGGUGGUUAAAGCAGGUUGCUAGAGCAGAAGAUCCUAGAGAAUUUGAUAAAGAGGAGGUUGUGAGUGUUUAUGAGCUUGAAGGGCAUCAAGAUUAUGAUUAUUGUUAUGGGGAUGUAGUUGUUCGGCUGCCUUCUGUUUCUGCAGGUGCUAGUGGUAAUGAGAAUGUGGCAGAGCUGACUGAUCGAAAUGAUGUCAAAGGAGAUUUACCAACUAACUUCUCAGACCUCACUUGGGUUGGAAAUAUUACAGGGCUCAGAAAUGGUGAUAUUGAAGUUACUUGGGCUGACGGAAUGGUAUCAAUGGUUGGUCCGCAAGCAAUUUAUGUUGUUGGCCGUGAUGAUGAUGAUGAUUCUGUUGCUGGUGCAAGUGAAGUCAGUGAUGAUGCAGCCAGUUGGGAAACCGUUGAGGAUACAGAAACAGAAAACCUUCAGAAGACACUAGAGGAUCUUGGGAUACAAAAUGGCUCUGACCUCAGUCUUGAAGGGGAGGAGAAUACAUCUGAAAAUAUUCAAACGAAUGGUCCACUUUCCAUACCUCUUGCUGCUUUUGGAUUUAUGACAAGAUUGGCGAGUGGAAUAUUUUCUAGGGGUCAAAGAAAUAACGAUCAUUUAAGUAUAACUUCUGAGGGUGACAUUGAAGUAUUGGUGGAGAGAAAUGGUGCUACAGACGCAUCUGUUGAAAUGCCAGAUCCUGAUAGAGGAGUGGAGAAUGAUGUUAUCAAGGAAUCAAGUUUAUCUAAUGCACCUGCAGAACUCAAUAGCAUGAAUUGUAGUAAAAUCAGUGACUCCCUAAGAUCGGAGGUUGACCAUUCCAGAUUUAAAGGAUUUGAUAUAGUUAAAGACCCUCUUGAUCAUUACUAUCUUGGUGCCAACGGACAGACUAACGCUGGAAGGAGAUGGCUAAAGAAAGUCCAACAAGAUUGGAACAGCCUCAAAAAGAAUUUGCCAGAUGGAAUUUAUGUUCGAGUUUAUGAAAAUAGAAUGGAUCUAUUAAGGGCUGUGAUAGUUGGAGCAUAUGGAACACCUUAUCAAAAUGGUCUUUUUUUCUUUGACUUUCAUCUUCCUCCAGAAUACCCUGAUGUUCCACCUUCAGCGUAUUAUCAUUCAGGGGGGUGGCGAAUCAAUCCAAAUCUUUACGAGGAAGGAAAAGUUUGCCUUAGCCUGUUAAAUACAUGGUCAGGAAGGGGUAAUGAAGUUUGGGACCCUUCAUCGUCUAGCAUCCUUCAAGUUCUUGUUUCACUCCAGGGUCUUGUGCUUAAUUCCAAACCAUACUUCAAUGAAGCUGGGUAUGACAAACAACUUGGUACUGCAGAAGGAGAGAAAAAUUCUCUGUCCUACAAUGAAAAUACUUUCUUACUUAACUGCAAAACGAUGAUGUAUCUCAUGAGAAGGCCUCCCAAGGACUUUGAAGAUCUUGUGAGUGAGCAUUUCAGAGAUCGUGGUUAUUACAUUCUCAAGGCUUGUGAUGCUUACAUGAAGGGUUACCUAAUCGGCUCUCUUACAGAAGACGCUUCUAUAUGUGAAACAAGUAUUGCAAAUGCAAAUUCAGUUGGUUUCAAACUAAUGUUAGCCAAGAUUGUGCCAAAACUUCUAUCAGCACUCAAUGAAGUAGGAGCUAAUUGUCAGGAGUUCAAACACUUACAAAACUCAUAGUAGAUCUUCUAUCACGCAAGCUUAGUUAUCUCACCAACACCGGUAGCUUAAUCAAAACCCAAGUGGUCUCACUCAUUUUGGAGCUCCGUGUGCUGUUGGUAUCCUCUGCCUCAGACCAAAUAAGAGAGAGUAUAUGAGGCUAAAAAGGCGGCUUUGUUGAUGUAGGAAAAAGAAACCAGAGACGACUAUCCAAGAUGAACGUUGAAAGCAAAAAUACAAGUUAUUGGCCUUAAGAAUGCAAGACUAGAAAUACAAUAUAAACUAUAAAGUUGAUGACUAAAUGCUGGUAUAAAUACAAAUGCAAGAUCAAAUUAUUGCAAAAUACAAGGAAAUGUUAGAAGCA